CGUACUGAAUCGCAAGGACUUUUCUUCCUCGAUUCACAUCGGCUUUAGGGAGACAAAGCCAAGAAGCGAUGAAAUGAAUUGCGACUCAAGUAAUGAGAAUGCUAAAAUGUCAAGUGAAAAAUCGAUUCCAGAUCUGGGCCUUUGUUCGACAAAACCUGCAAUAAAUAACAUACGGCACAAAAGUGUAGUUCAAACUACUAAAAAAAUCAAGCAUCAAAAGCAAGAUAUCAACGAAAAUUGUACGAAUGAUGGAUUCAACUCAAUUUCGACAAAUUCGUCGAUUUAUAAUAUUCUGACAUGUUUUCAUAAUGAUCAAAACAUAUUAAAUGGCAAGGAAAACUUGCUUUCGUCCUACAAGCUGUUGGAGAUAGCAAUACGAGAAGUUACUUUAGAGAAAAUAAGUAAAUCACAGUCAGAGCCUGUAUUAAAAAUUACUUCGAUUUUAAUUUUAUUUAAAGAUACCGUUAUUUGCAAAGCAACUAGUCCUUUUAAUCAAAAUCUUCACAAAUUAUUGCUCCAAAAUCAAUCGUCAAACUUUAAUGAAUUAUCUAUUAGGAUAAACGCACAAUGCGGCACUUUUAGCAUUCUUCCGUUCCCUCUUCCAAGAAAGGACGAGCAGAAUACAAAUUUAGAAAUUCAGUUUGCAAUAAAAGAUAAAUUUGGGAAGGUAUACUCUGGAAUCCUCAUCUGUAUGAUUUCAUUAAUCUUACAAGGACAGGCGGUGCAAUGGGAACCGACAUCGUAUGGCUAUUCUACGUUAAAAGAUCCAAAUGAUCCACAAAAUAGUAUUUUUUUAUUGCCAGUCAAUAAUAGAAAUUGUAAUGAAGAAAUUAGUUUCUUCAGCUUGAACAGUUCAGCUCUGGGAAUCACCCAAAAAUUCAAGAUAGAGAAAUCGCACAAAAAGUACGCGUCAAGGCCAUUAGAAUUUGCAGUCUCGGAACAGAAAAUUUCAGUGCUAAACCUGAUCACCAUGUUCCAAAAUAAACGCUUAUUAGAUGUACUCGCAGUGCAAAAUGCUUCAAGAAAUCAUGCUGGUAGAAAGCCUGUUUUGUCUAUUACUAUUUUGAGAGGUGUGGAGGUUCCCGUAAGAGAAGAAACUGCAAUAGUGCAUCCCCUCGUCGAGAUCGAGUUGGGCGACGCAAUUCAAUCUACUUUUCCGGCAGAAGGAUCAGCUCCUGUGUGGCAUCAAACACUUAUGUUUCCAGUGUCUAGAUUCAGUAUCAAACAAUACGUCACACUACGACUCUACGAUCAGCAUCCCAUAUGGGGUCUUCAGUGGUUGGGCGAGUGUAAAAUUCCGAUCGAGUGUCAUCGAGAAUACGAAGAACUUGAAAGAUGGAUUGGGCUUGACCCACUUCAAAGUCCAGCUUUGUUACUUGGUUACGUGCAGGCCAGUCCUGGACGCUCAUUCACUCGUAUAUAUGUGCUAAUGAAAAUGAAACAAAUGGGAGUUUCCGAUACUGUGGAUAUAAAAACUAUGGAUAAAUUAUCUACAAAGAUGCAAAGAUGCCUUGCUGUAGCGCACAAAAUACCUGAGCUCAAUGAUCCAGAAGAGGUUGCUCAUCUGACAAUGCUCUUGUCACCUUUGUCAAUUUAUUACGAGCCUUUAACACCUAGACAAGCUUUGAAUUUAGGCCAAGUUGACUAUUAUGGUCGAGCAGUUCUCCUCACGUCACUUCUACAAGGAUUGGGUCAUCAGGCAUACAUGAUUUUAGGCGAGUCUCAGACGAGAAAUUGGGCAGCCUUUGCUUUAACUGUGGAAGAAGAUAUAAAUAAUACUAUCAUUUGGGAUCCUGAAACUGGAGAUUGUUUUGAAUUGGGGGAUAGUCGCAGUCCUUUAAUUAAAGUUUUACGCUUGAUCAAUCAUCAAAAUGUUUGGGUAAAUGCACACAAGAUAAUGUCACCAGUUGACUUAAAAUACAACCCUAAAGUAAGCACGGAUUGGCAGCCGUUAGAUCGUAAUUUUCAAUAUUCUGAAGACCUUGCUGUUCGAACCGUAGACUUCUGCAACUCACAUUUAAAAACAAAUCCGGAUUUUGUUAAAGAAAUGGAAAACCAAUUAAAGGAGGAAUUGUCCAAUUUUCGAAAAGAGCUAGGUAAUCCGACGGUGUUCAAUCGCCACGCUACAUUAAUAUUACAAGACUUUCUGUCCAAGAACAUCGCAGAAGCUAACAUAAAAUUAAACAAGAAGGGACUUAGACAGCUUUACAGGGCCUACUACACUCGCGGAUUCAUACUUAAACUGAGAUAUAUGAAUCUAAAAGAUUUGUCCAGAUUAUUAUUUACGACAAAAGUUCAUUCUACAAGAGGCCCAGUAGAAUUUGGUUUGGCAUGCCACAUACAAAAUCAUAUUGGAAGUAUUCAAUCCAUAUGGAUUGCAAUCGUGCUUCUAAAAAGACGGAAAUAAACCGUUGUUAUAUAUAGUUUGUAAGAACUUAAUACUCUGAACUGAUUUUUGUUGACCAGAUGAUAAUACGAAAAUUA